AUCCGAUUCACCAUAAUGAUUCUUCAGAGCGUGCACGUGCUUUUAGUUGUCAACUGAGUUCGGCAGACAUGUCCCAACAGAUGUCAUUUAAAGACCUGAUGAAAGUGUUAGGGCUGGGAGCCGUAGCUUUCGUUCUGGGGGUGGAGUGGCUAAACUGGCUGACGCGGCAUCUGAGAGACUCUCACGGGCCCCUGAAAGAAGUUCUGUUCUUCCCUUCACCCCAAGUCUGCGUUGAGCACCUGUUCACACGCCGUAAACGUUUCCCCUGCGCAUGUCCCCUUCCCCAUGGGGUUGAGACGUCCUUCUCCAGGCUGCUCGGACAUCUCCUCUCUGCACGUAUGUCACUGGACCUGUGUGUGUUCUCCUUCUCUCACAUGGAGCUGAGCAGGGCGAUUCUCCUGCUGCACAAACAGGGAGUCGUUGUACGAGUGGUUACGGACAGAGACUACAUGACCAUCACUGGAUCUCAGAUCGGCACCGUCCGUAAGGCAGGCAUCCGUGUGAGGCACGAGAUGAGCGCAGCUGUUCAUAUGCACCAUAAGUUUGCAUUAGUGGACGGCAGGAAAUUGAUCACUGGCUCCCUCAACUGGACCCUAACCGCAGUCCAGAGCAACAAAGAAAACGUCAUGGUUACGGAGGAGCUGGAGCUUGUGCGGCCCUAUCAGCAGGAGUUUCAGAAGCUGUGGGAGGCCAGUGAUCCAGCCAAUCACAAACCUCAAUGCACCAAUGGGCAGCUACAUUGAUAGGCUUUACAUUUACUUCUUUUUCUUUACAGUUUACAUUACACAGUUCUACACAGAGGAGUUUAUUUUAUUUGUUAGAUUACUUUUAGAAUUCGAAAGCUAGUUUUCUUUCUUCUGAUUGUUUGUCAGCCUCUUAGUGACAAUUUCAGCACCUUUAGGUUUUUUCCAGU